CGUCAGGCUGCAUUUCGCCAAGGCAAAAGAGAACUGAAGCCACUACCAUAUUUGGAUGAUCGCAAUCAUAUCAGAUUUUGUUCUUUCCUCCCCUCCACCUACCAAUCUGCCCCACUUUCCUCAGACACAGCAAUACAAGCGAUGAACACCAUUCUCGAUGCUUUCACCUGUACUCGAACACUGCUCAAUGUAAACGCCAGUCGGGCGAUUCGGUUACAUUCUCUUGAGUUCACCGUCGUCAGCAGCACCACCGACGCUGCUGGUCCGAAUGCCAGCCGAGAGGAGACAUCCGUUUCUGCUCCCAUGGCAACUGGUGGCCACUCGUCUUCCAGUUACACGUCCACGAAUCGGCAGGAUCGGCAGCGUUGUCGUCGUCUGGCUGUCUGCGGCUUGACGACUCAGCUGCUGAUGCUGGAACGGAGUCGUGUUACCCGUCGUCCAGAGGGCGAGCCGACAUUCCACGUUUUCUACUACUUUCUGGCUGGCUUAGACGAGACUACCAGCCUUUCUUCUGCCUCUGGAGUAGAUGAAAACGCUUAA